CAUUCAUCCUCCUCAUCACAGAGAAGAAACAAAUAGGUGGCGUUUCUCUGUUGAAGUACAGUUUACUCAUCCAACCGCAAGAGUACAAGUCACUCGAGCGAUAAAUACAACACAGGAUAGUUUUCUCACGAUAUCUGGAGAGGCGUAGAAAGAUGGGGAAACAUAACAGCAAGCUUGCUCCUGAGGUGCUAGAUGACUUGGCCAAGAGUACAGAGUUCAAUGAAGCCGAGCUGAAGCAGUGGUAUAAAGGAUUUCUGAAGGACUGUCCAUCUGGCAUCCUCAAUCUGGAAGAGUUCCAACAACUCUAUGUCAAGUUUUUCCCUUACGGUGAUGCCUCCAAAUUCGCCCAACAUGCUUUCCGGACAUUUGACAAAAACGGCGACGGCACCAUUGACUUCAGAGAGUUCAUCUGCGCGCUGUCCAUCACGUCCAGGGGAAGUUUUGAACAGAAACUCAACUGGGCCUUUAACAUGUACGACCUAGACGGAGAUGGCAAGAUAACACGGAUGGAGAUGCUGGAGAUCAUUGAGGCGAUCUACAAGAUGGUCGGCACGGUGAUCAUGAUGCGUAUGAACGAGGACGGGUUAACCCCACAGCAGCGCGUUGACAAAAUCUUCAGCAAGAUGGACAAGGACCACAACGACGAGAUCACGCUUGAGGAGUUCAAAGAGGCGGCCAAGAGCGACCCAUCUAUUGUUCUUUUACUGCAGUGUGAUAUGCAGAAGUAAUGGAGGGGAACGAGAGUAAGGGGUGGGGUGUAGGGAGGGGAAGAUAAUCGUGUACAGACUUCUAGAUAGACGUAGGUAAGACAUGAUGAGAGAAAAUGUAUAUACAGUUGAAAUGCAUAGAUUUGACUUACAUGGGGAUGGUUGGUAUGAGAUAACCAUACAAGUUUUUAGGAAUUUGGAAUGAUUAGUAAUACGAUUUUCAUCCUGUAUCACCUAGUAAACUGAUCCACUGAUCCUAUAAAACUUUUAUCCCAAGCCCUGCAAAUUUUAAAGCCGAUUCUGGUAGCAACAUGGCUUGUGGCUAUAAGAGAGAAUAACUGGGGAGAAAUUUCUUUAUGAAACCGAAGUAUUUUUUGGAAGUUCUUUGUGGGUACCUUCAUACACAGCCCUCAUCCCCUACAGAAGUGUACAAAUUCACUUACAUAUCCUACAUACACUCAAAACACACAUGCCAUGCUGAAAAUGACACCACAUGAUCAUAAUUCCUUACUGUCACCAUCUAAAAGCAUAGACAUCUACACAAUUGAGUAACAGGGAUAUUUAUUGUAUUUGGUCAUACCAGGAAGUGCGGGUAUUGUUUAUGAGGAAAUAGACAAUAUAUGUACAUAUUGAUGACGUUUUGUAUAUAUGCUUAUGCUUAAUAUGUAACUGUUUCUCUAACUUAGAAAGGCUUUCAUAAUCUGACACGGCUGUGAUGAUUUGUGGGCUAACAAAACUAUUAUGUAUGUAUAUGGGGUUGUCUGUCUGCUUGUAAAGGGGUGAAAGAGGAAAAUUGACGUGUACAUUUUCUUUACUGUAGUUUGGUGUGAAAGGAUGUGUCAGUGUGUGUGAGAACACAAAUGCCUCAAUCUUUGUAUAAAUACUGUGCCCUGCUCAUGCCAGUCUUAGAAGUAUUAAUGGGAUAGUAACCCAAAAAUAAAAAUUAUGUCAGAAUUUUCUCGCCCUCAAUUGUUACAAACAUGUAUAACAUAUAUAUUUUGAGCUAUGUUUUUAAUGAACAGAUCUGGGGCACCAUUGACUUCCAUAGUAUUAUUUUUUCUUACCAUGAACGUCAGUGGUGCUCCUGCUUCCUGGUGGAUUACAAAUAUAUUCCUUUGUGUUCAGCAGAACAAAAACAUGUAUACAGGUUUUUAUCAACAUGAGGGUGAGUAAAUGAUGACAGAAUUUUCAUUUUUGGGUGAACUAUCCCUUUAAGCCAUUGUUAUCUAGUGUAGCUGGUGAGCUGUUGUUUGUCAUGAGAGCUUUUGUUUAGUCCUGCUCAGUCUUAGUUCAUCUUAAUGGUUCACAAGCUUAGCAGGUGUCAACACAAGACGAUUUUAACCGUAUGGAUAUUGUCAAUGUUGGACGGCCACGUACCUUUCUUUUCUCUCGUAAUAUAAGUGGACACAAAUGUAAACCAGACGCAGAAUGUGUACUACUCGUCAAUGUUACUAUGCCGCCAUACCUACUUAUAUGAAAAUACUGUUGCACUAUAAGUAGUUGAGUAGGCGAUACAGUUGUAGUUUUAGACUGCCUCCCUGUGGUAAAAGAUGCUAAGUUUGCCCCCCAAAAAUAAAAUUCUGUUAUCCUUUAUUAACCCUUGUAUAAAUUUCUUUGUUCUGUUGAGCACGAAUGAAGAUAUUUGUAAUCAAGCAGGAAGCUGGAGCACCAAUGACUUCCAUAGUAAGAAUAAGAAUACUGGAAGUCAAUGGUGCCCCAGAUCUGUUUGGUUAUAUGUUCCUUUGUGUUUAGCAGAACAAAGAAAUUUAUGCAGGUUUGCAACACCAUGAGGUUGAUGGAAGGAUGACAGAAUUUUUCAUUUUUGGGGCGAACUAUCCCUUUAACUAGGUGAACUGCAUUUACACUUAUCACAAUGAUAAAAACUUACUUAAAACUUUGUGCUACCAAUCAAUGGCAAUGAUUAUCUUUAUUUAGGAGUUAUUUUUCAUAGUUAAAUGUUUAGCAAUACUUGAAAUGAUUUAAUUCUGUGGUUCAUAUCUUGUGAUGUUACUUUUGGUAACCGAAGUGAUUUCCUUAAUAUUGUGUCACAACUGCCUUGAUAAUGUUGUCUUGUAGUUCUUUGUACAUUCACACACCUCUUUUGUACACCUCUGAUCAUGAGCUGAAUGUGUUUUUUAUUAUUUUUACUGUAUAUCAAAUUGUUGCUUUCUAUUGAACCAAAAUGUGCUAAUAUCAAAUUCAAUUGGAGCUCCUUUUAAGUCACUGAAUAUAAAUAGUACUGCAUAAUAUGUAUGCCAGCAAUACUUAAUGUAUGGAUCUUUCCGAUUUACCAUGUAACUAUCUUAUAAUCACUGUUAUUACAUUACUUAUAUGUUAUAGUUUUGGGAGGUGCCAAAUACGGUAGGCCUUGUGGUUUUGUGCUGUGAUCUGCAGAACUGUUUAUACACAAACAUGCCAAUGUUAUGGUCUGAUUGUGUGUUAUUUCUGUGCCAAAGACUAUGAAUUGUAAAAUUGGAUUAUUUAGUACAUAUAUGUACAACAGAUCUAAACUUGAUAUUGUUAAAAAAUAUUUUACUGAGUGAAAGUAACACACCCCUGUGUCAAAAACGAGACAUGUAACAUUUCACUGCAAAGUCUGUCCCAUAAUAUUUAAAAGUGAGGAUUUGUAUUCAGUCGUGCAAUACAAAGCUUUGUGUAUGUGUGCUGUUUCCGUCUUGUUUCGGUUCACUUAUUCAAUAUCGUAAAGCUCCUCGAACAAAGAUGUGCAAUUAUUUUUGUUACAUAGAGAAUAAAGUAAAUAUGUGGAUGUCUGCUGAA